AUGGCUUCUGCGACGGGAAUCCCACCAAAUGCCGCCGCGGCGCGCGGACAGAGUGAACAAGAGCCACUUCUAGGCAGAAGAGGAGAUGCCAGCCAGAUGCAUGGGCAGCCUCUCUACCAUAACCUGUGGAUUGCCAUCAUCUGGGGAGCCAUCUUCUCCAACAAACUCAUCUUCUUCUCCGCCCACCCAGCCGGCUUCCUCCUAGCCAUCCAAGCAGCCCUCGUCCUCCAACCAACCCACACCCCCGAACAAAAGCGCGCCGGCACCCUCGCCCACUUCCUCUUUCACGCGCUCGGCGCCUCCGCCCUCACCGCCGGCCUCAUCAUCAUCGAAAUGAACAAAGCCGGCCCGGGCCACGAACACUUUGAAUCCGCGCACGCACGCCUCGGCCUUACCUUUUAUAUCCUUGUGUAUAUCCAGGCGAUUCGUGGAGAACGCGAAGAGUAUUUAUAA